CAGGGCAGGGGGGGCACCGCAGGAGGAACCGGCAGGAUGCAAAUGUUGGGUUCACGAAAAUGAUUUUAUUCGCGUCUCAGAAACCCGAUUAGGCAAAGAUUCGGGUCAGUAAGGACGCGACGACACGGCAGCGCGACGCGAGUGUAAAGAGAUGAGGGCAGGCGGCCAUGGUCACGUGGGGGAGCUGGAGGGGAAGGGGGCUUAGGAUUGGUUACAUGCAACUGGAAAACUGGCAACAUCCACGUGACGCCAGCACAGGACAGCGCCGCAGGUCAGCAGACUGAUCACACAGCGUCUGCCACUCGCCCAGCCAACAUCGCCUUGCUGCUCUCCGAUCCGCAUUCACCCACCAGCCACUUCUGCGUCCCCCUCACCGAUUCUCCUCGCCGACGCCAUAACUAUGAGCCAAUCUUAGUGCGGCGUCUAGGAGUUUUUCAUAACGUGCGGGGCCAUCGCUCCCCAAGAUGGUGGCCCACUUCUCCCCGAGGGCGAGCCUCUGUGGCCCCCUCCUGGCCCUCGUGUUCCCCCUGCUGAUGUUACUACCGGAGUCCUCCGUAGCCGGCAUGUCCAAGACCUUCCUCGGCUCCAAUAACUUCAACCCCCAAGACCAGCCGCAGAGGACGUACUACCCCACGCAGCAGUUCAGCAGAUUCCGGCGAGACCAACUCAACGACGAAGAGUCACCGUUCGCGGGCUACCCUGGCUUUGGAGCGACGUCAGCCUUCCGCGGCUCCAAGGGCUUCGGUUCCAGGAAGGGUGGGUCCCGCAGCCCUCCUGGAUCCAGGCCCCAGCCGCCGCCUUUCCCUGGCUUUGGAGGAGGCCCAGAUUCCUUCCUGGAUGAGGGCACAACGGAACGGAGUGCUCCCGAUGAUGACAGCUUGCAGGCCUUCCAGUUCAGUGGCAUGCCGGGCUUCAGCACCCUCCUAGGGGGAUCCGGCGGGUCCCGGCCGGCUGGUGUCGGCAAGGGUGGCGCCCCAAGUUCUUCAUUUGUCUUUCCGGAUGGCUCCUCCACUUUUGGCAGCCGCGACUCCUCUCCUGGGUUCUUCAAUUCAAGGACCAACUUAGCUUCACGUCCAGGGGUCCCAGCUGUGCGUCCAGGGGCGGCACGGCCGGGGGUACCUGCGCCGCCUGGCCGUCCCCAGGGAGUUGAUUAUUCAGAGGGGGGAAUCCCGUCCUUCACCGGCGCGGCACAAGGCGGUGGCCUACGCCUCACGCCCGAAUCUGGCUCCUCACGCUUCGGUGGAUCUUCGAGUUCCUUCUUCGGCGGUAGCAGCAGUGGGUCGUCGGCCUCCAGACCCUCGUCCUCCAGCAGCCAGUUCUCCUCCUUCCUGCCUCCUUUCCCCGGGUCCAGCGGCAACACUUUCAGCGCCACGGGCGGCGGCACCUUCGGCUCUCCGGGGUCCAGCACCUUCGGUUCUCCUGGGGGCAGCACUUUCGGUUCCCCAGGAGCCAGUGCCUUCGGCUCCCCGGGGGCCAGCACCUUCGGCUCCCCCGGCACCAGCGGCCUUGGUUCCCCGGGCACAGGCGCUUUUGGAUCAUCGUCCAUCAAGUUUCCAACUGAUAUCAACUUCCCUAACUUGUUCCAACCCGAGGGCGGCUCCGCUCCCUACCUUCCUCCAAGCUCCACGGGCCUCGGUGAGCCCCUGGCCGGCGGAAACUUGCCGUACCCCAUCCCGGACGAACUGUCCAAAAUAUUCUUCGGCAACAUCCCCUCCACCACCACCAAGCCGCCGCGGAGGGUGACAUCAGCCGAGGACAUCAACAGAGUGUUCAGCGGCAUCGCGGACCCGGAGGCGGAGACCUUUGACGAGGACUACGAGGAGGAGCACGAGCUGGCCCGGAGAACUGACAUCCCUACCAAGAGCACCAGCUACCUGCGAGUCCCCGAGACACAGAGAGCCUGCACCACCGAGCCGUCCAGUCCAGCCAACGGAAGGAUCGACUGCUCCCCCUACUCAGGCUGUCGCGCCGUCUGCAACUCCCGGUACCAGUUCCCGACGGGCGAGCGGCGGUUCUUCCUGCGCUGCGAUGACGGAGAGUGGGUCGUGGCCGGGGGCAAUCGCGGUGACCAUAUGCCUGACUGUGAACCCAUCUGCCGCCCGCCCUGCCAGAACAAUGGUAUCUGCCUGGCCCCGAGCAGGUGUCAGUGCCCCGAUAACUGGGAGGGGCCGACGUGCGAGGUCCCCAAGGCCCCGCCCCGCCAGACCUGCUCCAAGAAGCCCCCGACGCCGGCCAACUCCAAGAUCUUCUGCGGUAGAGAUGAGUGCAACGCGAGGUGCCACGAGGGUUACCACUUCGCCGAGGGCAUCACCAGGCUCUCGUACAUGUGUGAGGACGGGGAGUGGGUCAUCAGGCACGAGAGGUUCGCUGGCAGCACACCUGACUGCGAGCCCAUCUGUGACCCGGCCUGCAUCAACGGCGGCCGCUGCAUCGCCCCAGACGUGUGCGAGUGUACCCAAGAAUACCGCGGCGACCACUGCCAGUAUCCCAUCUCGAACUGUGACCCGAAGAAGAUGGGUUUCAACGGCGGGUACAACUGCUCCGGGGAGGGCAUGGAGUUCGGGUGUGUCCUCUGGUGCCCCGAGCCUGUGGAGUUCGAAUUCCCGGCCGCUGGCUUCUACAACUGUGACUACGCUACAAGCACUUGGUCACCCUCACCCAUACCGACUUGUGAUUACGAGGCCUUAAAGGAGCUACUGGGAGAAGGUGGCGCUGCGGGGGUCAUCUUGGAGGGGCAGACGGAUGACGUGACCUCUGCCCCUGGUACCGACGCCCCGCCCACGCCCGCCCCCAUCAGGAAGCUGCCCGGCUCCUGCUUCACCUGGUCGAACUCCCACUACAAGACGUUCGAUGGGAAGGUGUACAGUUUCGAGAGCAGCUGUCCCUACACCCUCUUGCGGGACAUCACCCACGGCACCUUCAGCGUCAACCUGCGCAGCGCCGAUGACUGUGAAGGUGCGUCCUGCCCGAGGAACAUCCAGCUCUUCCUUGAGGACGAAGAGUACCUCCUCCAGAUGGCCGACAGUGGACAGCCGAGCCUCGAGUACAAGGACACGAGUCUGGCCAUCCCGGGGCAGAUGAACGGCGUGGUGUCAGAACGUGUCGCCCACUUCGUCAUCCUCAAGGUCUCCGGGCUCGGCCUCACCCUGAAGUGGGACAUGCAGAGCCUGGUGGUGGCCGAGGUCAGCGAAGUGUUAUGGAACAGGACGGGCGGUCUGUGUGGUGGGCGCGACGGCGUGAUGGACAACGAUUGGAGUUACUCUGACGGCGCCACCGAGAACAGCCUGAGCGCCUUCCUGCAGGCCUGGCAGGCGAAGCUCCUCGGGGAGCGGUGCCUGGACCAGCCCCGCACCAGACACCCUUGCGGCCGCCCCUCCCCCACGGACCCCGCCGUCACCUUCUGCUCCCGCCUCCAGACCGACCCGAGGUUUGCCGACUGUAGACAGGUGGUGGACGUGGAGCCGUUCAUCAAGGCGUGCCGCUGGGACCACUGCAGCUGCGAGAAUCAGAACCGGGAGGAAUGUGCGUGCCAGUCCUUCGAUGCCUUCUUCAGGGAGUGUGCCAGCGCCGGGGUGACCGUGCCCGGGGGGUGGCGCUCUCAGGACCUCUGCCCCAUGUCUUGCAGUGACGGGAAGGUAUACAACCCCUGCAUGGCGGCCAUCCAGGCGAGGUGUGGCCAGCCGGCAGACAGCGUGCGGCCAGACUUCUGCGUGGAGGGUUGCGACUGCCCCGCCGGCCUGGUGCUGCACGGCGACUCCUGCGUGCCCGCCGAGGACUGUCCCUGCACCUACCGCGACAAGGAGUACAGCGCCGGCGACACCAUCCCCAACGACUGCAACUCAUGCACGUGCCUGAACGGGGAGUGGGCGUGCACGGAGGUCAAGUGUGGGUCGCGUUGUGCCGUAGUGGGUGACCCUCACUACACCACCUUCGACGGCCGCCGCUACGACUUCAUGGGCAAAUGCUCCUACUACCUGGUGCAGAGUGCGGACGUCAGCAUUGAGGCCGAAAACAUCCCUUGCGCCGGCUCCGUCUCCGAGGAGAUGAACUUCCCAGCCUCCAUCGUCGGCCAGUUCCCUUCGUGCACCAAGUCGGUUACCAUUCGGCUCGACGGCACGGUUAUCCGGCUCAAGCAGAAGCGGGAAGUGACGGUGAACGGGGUCGAACUGAAGGACCUGCCUGCCUGGGUGAACGGAGUGUACAUCAAGACAGCCUCGAGUCUCUUUAUCAUGGUGGAGCUGAGCAAUGGCCUGGACGUGUGGUGGGACGGCCAGACGAGAGUGUACGUCGACGCCCCGGCAGAGUUCCGCGGGCUGACGGCGGGUCUCUGCGGCACCUUCACCGACAACCAGCGGGACGACUUCCUCACCCCCGAAGGAGACAUCGAGCAGAACGCCAUCGCCUUCGCCAACAAGUGGAAGACCUCGGAGCGAUGCGAGAACCAGCCCCAGGCGGAGGAGGCGCGGCCCUGCGAGACCCACGUGCAGAACAAGGCGGUGGCGGAGAAGUUCUGCGCCAAGAUCAAGUCCAGCCUCUUCUCCAAGUGCCACCUCGAAGUGGACCCCGAGCCUUACUACCGCGACUGCCUCUAUGACAUGUGCUCCUGCGAGACCAAGCUGGACGGGUGUCUGUGCCCCAUCCUGGCGGCCUACAGCAAGGAGUGUGCCAGGAAGGGCAUCACCAUUGACUGGCGCGCAGAAGUUCGGGAGUGUGGUGUGCACUGUACCGGUGGACAGAAGUACCAGGUCUGCGGCAACAGCUGUUCUCGCACCUGCCUGGACUUGGCGACCAAUGUGGACUGCAAGAGGAAGUGCGUCGAGGGCUGCAAUUGCCUCGAGGGAUUCUCCUUGGACACCGAAGGCCUGUGUGUGCCCAUCACCGAGUGCCCAUGUGUCUACCAGGCCAAGGAGUACAAGCCUGGCUAUGAGAUGAUGCAGAUCCAGAAUGACGGGACCUACAGAGUCUGUGAAUGUUUCAACACGGAAUGGAACUGCUGGGAGCCACGAGGCAACGAGUCUGUAACACGGCCGCCACAAGUUCAGUGCAGCGAGGAGAACCACGAGGCCUACGUGGACUGCCUGCCAGAGGAGGAAAACACAUGCCAGACCAUGCAUCUUCGUCCAGUGGCAAGUGAGUUGUGUCGGCCAGGCUGUGUGUGUGCCCGCGGGUACGUGCGCAACACUGACAGCGGCACUUGCACCCCACACAGCCUGUGUCCCUGCCACCAUGGCGGCCGCUCCUAUGAGGAGGGCGCCACACUCACCGAGGACUGCAACACAUGCAAGUGUGAGGGAGGGCAGUGGCUGUGCACAGACACUCCCUGCUCCGGCCUCUGCACUGCCUGGGGCGACUCCCACUACAAGACCUUUGACGGCCGCAUGUACGACUUCCACGGCACCUGUGACUACCUGCUGGCCAAGGGCAAGGCCAACCGGGCAGACACCUUUGAGGUCACCAUACAGAACGUGCCGUGUGGAACAGGAGGUGUGACGUGCGCCAAGUCUGUCACGCUGAGAGUUGGCUCCGGAGACACACUGGAGACGGUUGAGUUCUCCCGCAGCAAACCUCCGCCCACCAAGAACAUGACACGAACCAUCAUCCGAGAGGCGGGACUGUUCAUAUUCGCUGAGGUGCCAGACAUGGGCCUGGUGCUGCAGUGGGACCGCGGCACACGGACCUACCUGCGCCUGGACCCCCAAUGGAAGGGCAAGGUGCGAGGGCUGUGCGGGAACUUCAAUGGGGAUGACCAAGACGACUUCCAAACCCCAGCAGGAGGCUCAAGUGAAGUGUCCGUCAAGAUAUUUGGGGACUCGUGGCGACUCCAGAAUUACUGCCCAGACAGCAUUCUCAUCAAGGACGCUUGCAGCCUCCAUCCAGAGAGGAAAGUGUGGGCAGCCAAGAAGUGUGCCAUCCUCAAGUCUGAUGCAUUUUCUCUGUGUCAUUCUGAGGUGCCCGUGGAGCCCUACAUAGAGAGGUGCCAGUUCGAUGCCUGCGCUUGUGACACAGGAGGGGAUUGUGAGUGUCUGUGUACGGCCAUUGCAGCGUACGUCCACGAGUGUAACAUCCACAGUGUGUACAUCAAGUGGCGUACACCCAGCCUCUGUCCCAUGCAAUGUGACGAGUCCUGUGAACACUAUGAGCCCUGCAUCCCCACCUGCCCCUUGGAGAACUGUGACACCCUCCUGGACCCGGACCCGCCACUCUGCACCCAAGACGCCUGUGUGGAAGGCUGUGCCAAGGAUGUGUGUCCUCCGGGCCAGGUCCACAAGAGUGCCACGGAUCUGGACUGUGUACCGAAAGCUGACUGUGAGAAGAAGUGCAUGGAGGUGGACGGAGAAGUGUUCCUGGAGGGCGACAUUAUUUCCCAGGAUGACUGCCACACCUGCACAUGCUCACGGAAGAAAAAGUUAUGUCGAGGAACGCCUUGCACCACCACCACCACCGCCACCACCACCACCACUACCCCGGCUGUCACCACCCCUGCACCCAUCCCCUCACCAGUCUUCACUCCCUCUCCUGCCCUCACCACCACCUACACACCUGAGAGAGUGACCACCCCUGCCACCACCACACCAGGCCCAGAGGAGGAGGACAAAGACUGUAGGAAUGGCUGGACAGAGUGGCUCAGUGAGGACAAGCCAAUCCCAUUCAAGAAGAACUCUGACAUUGAACCUGUGCCAGAGAGGCUCACAAAGAGCAAGAGUGGUCAAGGCUUCUGCUCCCAGAGCCAGAUGGUUGACAUCAAGUGCAGGGCUGUUGGAACCCACCGCCCUCACACCGAGCAGCCGGGGGUGACCUGCCUUCUGCAUGAGGGACUCUUCUGCCAGGGGAGGGACGACCUCUUGUCUGGAGAAGCUUGUCGAAACUAUGAGGUGUCCUUCCUCUGUGACUGCAGUCUGACAACUCUGCCGCCAGUGCUCACAACCACCCCAGCCACACCAGCCACGCCUCCGCCCGUUGUGACGCCCUCCGUUCCCCCACCAUCCGAGGAGCUUGAGAAGCCUUACACCUGCGACAACGAGGGCUGGAGUGAGUGGUUCAACCUCAACAUUCCUAACCCCGACGGUGAAUUUGAGUCUCUUGCAGAAAUUCGCAAGACCUAUUCACUGUGCCCCGACCACUACAUAGCCGAGGUGGAGUGUCGGCCAGCGCUGGGUGGAGAGCUGGAACCCUUCAUCACCUGCAACAAGCGAGGAGCAAUGUGCAGGAACAACGGAGAACUUCAGUACUGCCAAGACUAUGAAGUGCGGAUAUUAUGCACUUGCGAGUGUCAGGAUGGCCUUGGAAUGGAGAGCUACCUCAUCCCGAACGACAAGAUCACCGCCUCCUCCAUUAAGACACCCGAUGACAAGCCACAUGCUGCUCGCCUCAACGCUGAGUGGGCCUGGACGGCUCAGGAUGCACCCAAGUUUGGGGCUAAAGAUCUCUCUGAGUGGCUACAGGUUGACCUUGAUGAGAUAAAGGAGGUGACAGGUGUGGUAACUCAGGGGCAUCCGUUCUACGACCAGUACGUUGAACGCUUUGCUGUCCAGUUCUCGGAAACAGGACUAACUUGGGAGGACGUCACGGAGCCAGAAGUCAACUAUGCCAAGGAAUUUGUGGGCAACACUGACCCUGUGACCCCAGUGACCAACCUGUUCCCAGAGCCAGUGUUUGCACAGUAUGUCAGAAUUGUUCCUACUGAUUACCAUUCUGCCAUCUCCCUUAGACUGGAGCUCAAGGGCUGUGAUGUGAAGGAGACAACUACUCCUCCUCCAGCUGUCACGACCCCCUCAGAGGGUGUGUGCACUGAUGGAUGGACAGAAUGGAUGAACACCCACACACCCGGCCCUGGAGAUUGGGAUGACAGAGAUGAUCUGGACACCUUGGCUGAAAAAUACACCUUCUGUGCUCCUCACAUGAUAGUAGACACAGAGUGCCGGCCAGUUGGUCCUGCGGCACCUGCCAGCCAGUACGCUAUUGUCUGCAACAUAAAUAAUGGUCUUUUCUGCAACGAUGGCCUUCAGAGUCCUGACCACUGCUUUGACUAUGAGAUAAGAUUCCGCUGUGAUUGUUCACUGACCACCACUCCUCCACCCCUGGCUGUGACUACCACUGCCCCCACUCUGCCCCCAGUCCCAGAGACUUGCCACUACUUCAGCCCCCAGAUCAAGGAGCAUGAAAAAGAUUGUCGUAAAUUCUACGAGUGUGCACCAACGCUCACUGGACGGGCCUACGUGGAGAAGGAGUGUGGCCCCGGAACAUUCUACAAUCCCAGGGACUCGGUGUGUGACUUCGAGUACAAUGUUAUCCUCAUGAAGCCAGAAUGUGCUGUCACAAUAACACCUCAAAGGAUUAUCACCACCACCCCGACACCAUGCAUUGGGAACUUCUGGACGGAGUGGUUCAACGUCUCCCAUCCAGACACUGACAGUGGAGACUUUGAGACGUUCGAGAGUAUCCGGGAGGCAGGACUAGACAUUUGUGAGGACAAGUACAUCACCGACAUACAGUGCCAUUACAACAAGGUGGCCCCGCCCAAGACCCCCAGCAAGUCCCGCAGCAAGGGCCGUAGAAAAGGUCACAGCAAAGGAGGUCGUAAGGGCUACAGAGGAGAGCGUCUUGAUAGGCUUACAUCCUCACGUGUAGACUUCACCCAGAGCAACGACCGCAAUGUGGAGUGUUCCCUCACCUCCGGCCUCACUUGUCGCAACAGUGAACAGGGUGGAUGGGCCAGGAAAUGCGAGGACUAUGCCAUCAGGGUUCAGUGCUCUUGCGAAGCCACCAGAAGCACGCCUGCCGUCCCCCUGACCACGCAGCCCCCAGAGGCGAUCACGACCACCACAGGCGUCCCCACCACCACACCAGAAGUCGUAGUGGAAAAAUGUCCUCCUGGCAAACAGUACGUCCCCAACGCAAUCCCCUGCUGGCGUGUGUGUGCCUACUAUCGCUACUUCCUCAAGCAGAACGGCAUCUGUCAGCAUGACGGGGAGUACGCGCCGGCCUGCCUGGAGCAUCGCAAGCGCCAGGUCUGUCCCCCGAACAAGUACCUACGAGACAAGGACACCUGCGUCGACCUCAAGGACUGCAACUGCCGCCUCCCCGAUGGACAGCCUGCGCCGCCUGGCCGUCCCCUCCGAGUGGACCAGUGCGAGGUGUGUCAAUGUGUCAACAACUUCUUGACCUGCGACAAGACUUCAUGCAUCACCACCACGCCACCCACGCACGUUGUGACCGGCGAGCCUGAGUUUAAUUGUGCCAACUGGACUUCCUGGCUGAGUGUGUCAGUGCCCACCCAAGGGGGCGAGCAGGAGCUGCUUGAUGACCUGCAGAAGAUGUAUCCCAAGAUGUCCAAGGUGUGCCGAGAGCAUGGCAGCAUACAGUGCAGAGUGAAAGGCAGCCAUGAGUCCAUUGCCGAGGCAGGACAGGUGGCCACUUGUGACCUGACGAGGGGCUUGGAGUGCCAGCAAUCCCUCAACCCCCUCGGCUGUAAGGACUACGAGGUGCGAGUGUUCUGCAUCUGCCAGGACAGUGACUGGGACAGCGCGUACCUGACUGACUCCACGACAGUGCCGUCUGUCAGCACACACGCCCUUCCUCCAGAACUCAGCACCACCACAAUGAGGCCGUACCACGACAGAUGCACUGAGAGCAGGAGGCACGAGCCAUGUGCCAUGCCAUGCAACAGGAUCUGCAUGUACUACAAGUUCAUACUGCAGGAAGAGGGAUGGUGCAUGAGUGAUGGCGACUGUGCUCCGGGCUGUGUGGAGCAGAACAAAAAUGUCACCUGCCCUCCCGGCCUGUUCGCCAUCAACCAGGAGCAAUGUGUCCAGGUGGCAGAUUGCAACUGUCGCCUCUCCAACGGACAAGCUCUACCACCUGGUGUGGAGUACCAGGUGAGUGUGUGUGAGCGGUGCAAGUGUGAGGACAACCACCUCAAGUGUUCCCGCCAGCCAGAUUGUGAGGAGCCAACCACCGAGUCCACCACCUUGAUCAUCACCAUGUCCACCCCCCCCACCACCCCCUUGGUUCCUGAAGACCUCAUCACCUUUAAGCCUGUCUGCAACACUUGGUCACCUUUCUACAAGAAGGAGCGGGACACUGAUGGGCUGAUUCUGAGCCUUGAAAUGCUGAACACUCGGGAGGAAUUCCUGUGUGACAACCCCAUAAAUGCCACUUGCAGGGAGGCCUCCACCAAAAUCUCAGCAGCUGACCUGGGCCAGACUCUCACAUGCAACGCUGUGGAGGGCCUCAAGUGCCUCGAUCUUGACAAUGCCCAGGACUGUUACAAUUACGAGAUUUCCUUCUUCUGUCUCUGUGAAAAAGUCUCGACUCCUCCAUCCCAAGUGACGCCCACUGGCCCCACCACCACCCUGGCCCCAUGUGACUCUUGGUCACCAUGGAUUAACAAGGUCAAGCCAUGGCAGACCGAUGGUGACACAGAGUACAGCUCUCUGGAGCAACUCCAGAAUGAGUAUGGCUUCUGUCUGCAGGGCCAACUGGCAGACAUUGAGUGUGUGGAGGAUGCCAGCGGCCGCAACACUGGGGCGGACAGCGGCCUCAGCUGUGACGUGCGUUUUGGCUUCCGGUGCAACAACGCCGCCCAGGCCCGAGGCAGUUGUCUGGACUACAAGAUCAGAUACUACUGCACUUGUGAGACGACCACAACCAUCACCACCAUCCUGCCAGACUUCACCACGCCGCCUCCCAAAUGCUAUCCUGAUAAGUACAUCAACCUCCUCAAGAAUGUGGACGACUCUGCCUUCUUCUCCACCCCCGCCCGAAGCUCCCUCUAUGGGCCCGCCAGUGCACGGCUUUACAAUCCAGACGGCAGCCUCUCCAUGUCCGGAUGGUCUCCAAUGCGCAAUAACCAGGACCAGUUCUUGGAGGUGGACCUGGGUGCUGUGGUGCCCGUCUAUGGUGUGGUGGUGUCCGGCAACCCCCUCACACGGGAGAGAGUCACGGCCUUCACGGUGCAGUACUCCAGGGACGGCCUCAUCUGGUCUGACAUCCCCACUGAUCCGGCAGACUCCUCCAGCCCUCCAAAGGUGUUCCAAGGUGCCCUCAGUCCAACGGAGGAGAAGCAACACAUGUUUGACCAACCCACCGAGAUGCGGCUGAUGAAACUGAAGCCCACAAACUGGUACCGUGCCAUUGCUGUGCGGCUGGAGGUGAUCGGCUGUGAGCUCCCCAUGGUGCCCACAACACCAAGCACGACAGAAAUUCCAAAGUGCGAGGAAGAGAUGGGUGUUGAGAAUGGACUCCUGUCGGAUCUGCAGAUCAUCGUGUCCUCCGUCCUGGAUGACAGGCCAGACUAUUACGGGAAGAGCAACAUUCGCCUCAACACUCAGCCUGACUCCUUCCUGUCGGCCGGGGCUUGGGUGGCAGAGCCUAAACCUGAACAGUUUGUCAGGUUUGAUUUUACUGAGCCAAGCCUGCUGUCCGGGGUGAUGACCCAGGGCCGCCCCGGCUCCCCAGAGUGGGUGGAGUCCUUCACUGUCCGUUACUCCCCAGACGGGAACAGCUGGAGCACCAUCAAAGAGCCAGAUGGCACUGAAAAGGUGUUCACUGGAAACUUUGACAGCGACACACCCGUGGAGAACAAGUUUGACCGGCUCAUCAACGCUCGCUUCCUUGAGCUGCGGCCCAAGGAAUGGAACACCAACAUCGCCAUGAGGGUGGAAGUGCUUGGAUGUUUCCACCCAUACCCCGAGAUGACUACCACACCAGCGCCAGUCAUCACCACCACCCUGCCUCCUCCCCCUUACUGUGUGUCCUGCCCCGGCCUGCCUGAGGAGCACUACACCUACUGCAUCCCCUGCUUUGCCCAGGGAGAACACUUUGACGGCCGAAGCUGUGUGCCGGAGAGCAUGUGUCCGUGCUACAAGGAGGGAGUCAGGUAUGAAGUGGGCCAGGUGUUUGAGAGCAAGGACUGUGAGGAGUGCGAGUGUCUGCUAGGCGGGAAGACAGUCUGUGUCCCCAAGAAGUGUCCACCCUGCGAGGACGACGAGGAGAAAUCCAUCGUGACCACCUCGUGCAACUGUGUGUGUAAGCCGUGUCCUCCAGAGACCAGACUGUGUCCCUCAAGCAACUUCUGCCUUAACGAGACAUCCUGGUGUGAUGGCAUUGAGGACUGUCCUGAUGAUGAGCUGACUUGUACCACCCCCGUUCCAGAGAUCCCAGAGCCGUGCCCGACACCCUUCUGCCCCGAGCACUGGGAGGUGAAGGUGCGGCCGUCCAAAGGCUUCUGCCCCCAGGUGAAGUGUGAGCCGCCCCCCACCCUUGAGACCUGCCCAAGCCCCAUCUGCUUCCCUGAUUACAUUGUUGUCGUCAAGCUUUCGGAGGCUGGCGAUAGAUGUCCCGAGUAUGAAUGCAACCCUCCACUGCCCACCGCAACUGAGCCCCCAACCUGCGAGCCGCCCACCUGUCCUGAGGGUUACGAGGUGCAGGGACACGACUACAUCGAUUACUUGACGGAGGAGUUCCCGGAGGAGGUCCAGAAGGGUGAUGCAGUGUGCUUCCAGUACCGCUGCGAGGCCAAGGAGGUGCCGCCGGAGGGAUGCACUGACCCACACUGUCCCGAAAACUUUGAAAUCUUGUUUGCUGACGUCAGUGUCUUGGGUGAACCGUGUCCUCCGUAUGAGUGUGUGCCGAAAGUGCCCUCCACACCUGUGCCGUGCCCGCCUGUCGAGUGCCCCAACAACCUCACCACCAUGUUCAUCCAAGGCGAGGACCGCUCCGCCUGCCCGCGCUACACCUGUGUGGAGGUGACGCCCGCCCCGACGGUCACCACGCCCACCACUGUGCCUCCCAAGUGUCCACAUGACCAGCAGGAAAUAGCGAUCUGCAGCCUCAACGAGGAGCUGUACCGAGUCAACCCUGUGGAGGAGGAGUGCCCACAGUAUGCCUGCAAGCCUUUGGGCAGCCAACCUGAAGUCACCACAGCUAUGCCAAGGAAACUGGUGCCAGAGUGUAACAUAGAGAGUGGCACUGUCUCCACCUAUGAUGGCAAAAACCUUGAGAUGAAUCUGUGCGACCACAUCCUGGCCCAGGACAAGUUCAACAAGGACUGGGUCUUGGCAGUGAAAAGUAACUGUUCUGAGAGUAAGCAGUGCAGCCAGUAUCUCAGCAUCACCCUCAAGGGGAAGCCACUCGUCCUCCAGCCCGAUCUGAGUGUCUCUUGGGAUGGCCACACGUACACAGUGGAGCAGGUCCAUCGUAUCGGCACCUCCAGCAAGAACUUCAGCAUCUCUCGGGUUGGCAACUCCAUCUACUUCGAGUCCAAAACGUACGACUUCAAAGUGCAGUGGAACGUGGAAAUGAACAUCAAUGUGUCGCUUGGAGGCCAACUGGUGCAGCAGGUGGAGGGUCUCUGCGGGCUCUUUGUGAACGGUGAUGUGCAGGAGAUGGUGAAGCCUGACGGAACACUGGCUCACAACACAAAGGAAUUCAGUGACUCGUGGAGCAUGGACGGAGAGGAAUGCAAGGAGCGGCCCAAGUGUUUACCGGAGCUCACCAGCAAAGCCUUUGAGCUCUGCAACAGAAUCAUGUUAGAGCCAUUCACUGAGUGUCACAAGAUCACUGACCCUUCGCCGUUCCUCAAGAAGUGCUUCAGCACCAUGUGCGAUUGCCUGGCCAGCAAGGGCAACGAGGAGGAGUGCCGGUGCCAGGCCCUCACUCGCUAUGUUUCAAAAUGCCUCGAGAAGAACCCUGAUGUGCCCCUCUCAAACUGGCGCAUCACAACCAAAUGCUACAAAGAGUGCGGCCCAGGAGAGAUCUACCAGGACUGCUUCCGCUCCAAGUGUGAGAAGCGCUGCGAGACACUCCACGAUGAAGGUCUGUGCCCUGAGUACGGCUCCUGCAUCCCUGGCUGCUUCUGUGCCCCCGGCCUGGUGCGCAAGGGUGAGAAGUGCGUCCGGCCCGAGCGUUGCCACAACUGUGUGUGCGAGGGCUACGGAGACCCUCACUACACCACCUUCGACCGCCUCAACUACACCUUCAACGGGGAGUGUUCCUUCGUGGCGGCUCGAGACAAGGAUCCACGAGGCCAACACAAGUUCCAGGUGAUUACCAACAACAAGCAGUGCACGCCUGAGCCAGUGACGGUGUGCACUGAUGCGGUCACCAUCCUGUAUGACCUUCACACGGUGCUCAUUGCUGCCAAGGAGGUGGACGGAGGAGUCACAGUAACUGUUGACAAGGAGAAAGUGGAUGUCUUCCCGUACAGGAACCCUUGGCUGUCCCUUGAGCAGCCAGACUCCUCACAGGUCACGGCAGCCAUUCCUGACAUACAGCUGGAGGUGACUUACUUCUUAGACAACUUUGGCUUUGCCGUCCGCAUUCCAUCCGCCCUCUACUUCAACAAGACUGAGGGACUGUGUGGAAAUUGCAACCAUGACAACAAGGACGACUUUGUGGCUCGAGACACUGGCCUGGUGGACAGUGUGGACGAGUUUGGCAGCAGCUGGCUCCUGGAGGGCGAGCCAGCCAGCUGCGGGAUAAUCAAGAAGGAGGAGAUGUUAUGUAACCUGCUGCCACCUGAAAUUGACCCUUGCCUCACUCUCAUGAAUGAGGAGAUCUUUGGCAAAUGCCACCCUGUGGAGGACCCAAUUGCAUACGUGUCAUCGUGUCAACUAGACUCCUGCGGCAGCCGGGAGCCUCAAGUGGCUGCCUGCCAUGCCCUGGAGGCCUAUGCAAGGCGCUGUGCUGACCUUGACAUUUGUCUUGAUUGGCGAUCUGAUGACCUGUGUCCUAAGACUUGCCAUGGAGGCCAGGAGUACCGUGCAUGCGGCCCCGGCUGUGUGAGUACAUGUGAUAACUAUGAGGACCUCAAAAAGAAUCCAGAUGCUUGUCUUAUUUCAUCUGUGGACGGCUGCACCUGUCCUGAGGGAAUGGUCCUGGACAAGAACACCUGCGUCAACAUGAGCUACUGCAAGACCUGUGAUGACGAGGGUCACCGCAUCGGGGAUGUGUGGCAGACGGAUCCCUGCACCACUUGUGAGUGCACCGACAGAGGCAGCUCCUGCAGCACAAAGACCUGCCCGCACCAGCUGCUCUGUGAAGAGGGAUAUUCUCUGGAGCCGAUCCCUGGCACAGGAGACGCCUGCUGCGGCCCACUGAAGCAGUGCAAGGUGGAGACUCCUGAAAACUGCACCGAGCCCAUAAAGCCCAAGGAUGGCUGUGGCUAUGGCCAGCGCCUCAAGAAGAUAGAAGCUCCAGGUCUGUGUCCUCAGUAUGCCUGUGUCUGCCUGGACCCUGAGAACUGCCCACCACCUGAAGAGCUGAAGGAAGAGGAGCUAGGGGAAGGAGAGGAAAUGGUCCUAGACACGAGUGGCUGCUGUCCAAAGUAUGUGACGCAGUGCACCGGUGAGUGUGCCAACCUGACGUGUCCAACUUUCCAUAACCUGGUGAAAGAGGAGCUGCAGGAGGGCGAGUGCUGCCCCAAAAAAAGAUGUGAGUUACCACCGGAUGUGUGCAUCUACACCCACCAGUUCACAGAGGAUGAGGAGGACACCCAGCAGUCUGCCACCCCGGACAACAAGAAGCUGUACAAGGUGAAUGAGACGUGGCAGGAUGGUAACUGCCUCAACUGUGUGUGCAAGGAAGGCCGAGAUAGGCGACCAAACCACCAGUGUGCCCAGACAACUUGCCCAAGUGUGUCAGAUCACCCUGACCAAGGGGAUUACCAGCUGGAGGUGGUGGAGGUGCCCGGGUCCUGCUGCCCCAACAUAGUGAGGUCGGCUUGUAUCGACGACUAUGAAGUGAUUGAGAUUGGAGACACUUUAAAUGAUCCCUUGAAUGGCUGUAGAAGUGUUGACUGCAUCAAGACUCCUGCAGGCAAGGUAGAAAAGAUAGAAAAGAUCUUCUCGUGUGACGAGGCGUGUGCGCUGGGCUGGGUGUACGAACCCUCGCCGCUCUACCCCCAGCAGUGUUGUGGCCAGUGUGUGCAGGUGUCGUGCAUCACAAACGGGGAGGUGAAGGCUGUAGGGGAGACUUGGCUCUCUGAUGACCUGUGCACCACUUACUCCUGUGUCAAGAACAGCAAUGACCAAAUUCAGAUCCAGGCCGUUGAGGUGCAGUGUGCCCAGCCCACCGAGGCGGAGCUGGCCCUCUACACGUACCAGACAGAGGAGGUGCCAAACCAGUGCUGCCCUGCUGUCACCCGCACAGCCUGCCUCCUGGAAGAGAGCCAGAUUCCAGCGGGUGAAGAAGUGCAGGACCCCAAUGACAGCUGCACCACCAUCAGCUGCACUGUGGGAGCUGACGGUAAUGUGACAAGGAGGGAGAAGGAGACAACUUGUGACAGCAACUGUGACCUCGGCUACAUAUACAAACCACCAGCAUUUGGCAGUCAGGACUGCUGCGGCCACUGUGUCAAGACGCACUGUGUGGACAACGGCAAUGUGUUCUCCCUUGGUGAGCGAUGGGAGAGUGAGGGAGACGCCUGCUACGAGUAUAGCUGUGACUUGCGCAAUGACCUGCCCACAAUACUGGCCGUCAAAAAGGAGUGUCCGUUCUUUGACCCCGAGUGCCCUGAGGAGGAGAUAAUGCUGGACGAAUCUGGAUGUUGCAAGCUGUGCAAUGUAACAUUGUUGCCUAAGAGGGACUGCAAGCCCAAGGCCAUUCCUCCCGUGGAGACAAUAGGCCUCUUCCAGCUGUCCACGUGGCGGGUGGGAACCUGCAAAAACCCCAACCCUGUGCCAGACUUUAAAAUGUGUUCUGGCCACUGUGACUCCUCCACAGAGUACAAAGGACAAGGGAGACAGGCCAAGUACGACUCCACUUGCUACUGCUGCAGACCGUCCAGGUUUGAGAAGAUCCGCAUCCAGCUGAACUGCGACUCCGGUGUGACCUUCAGCCCCGUGUAUGACAACAUUGUGGAGUGCCAGUGCCUGGAGUGUGGCGGCACCUCCCCAGAGUAUGCUGCUGAUGAGCCGGUGCUGGACGACGACACUGAAUUCUUUUCCUUGGCCGAUGAAAAUGUUGACCAGUAGCUCUCAUUCACCCCCAGCCUCGUCCUAGUAAAGCAGCUUAUGUAAGCAAAACUUUCAUUCACCAGCUGAUCAGAGACACUCGAGUUGGGACAAAAUUCCCAUGUGGCAAAACAGUCUGAUCCCAUUUUUUUCUCUUCACUUAAAUAAUUGUGCAUUGUGACUGAAAUACAGGCCCAUAGCCAUGACUUUAAAUUAAAGGGGGGGGGAUCUCUUGUCAAAGGAAAGCUUUACUUGUUUAUACUUUCUUCCUAUGUAUACAUUCAAGCAUUCAUAUAUGCAAAAGAACUUCCAGGGGGGCUUGAGAGUUUUUUGGAGGAACCAAGUCCCCCCCCCCCUAAAGCCCCCCAUGGCUGUGAACCUGUCAGAACAGAUUCUCUCUCUCUCUCUCUCAUACAACGAUACCAUGUACCUACUUUAUGAUUGUGAUUACAAUGCCACGGCCUCAUCUCUCAACCCCAGCACCUGACUCCAAAGUAAGAAUUAGCUGCAGUCAUAGUCCUGAUCGCUGUCCUCCCUGCUGCCUGCCGCCCUUCAUUCUGUAAAUAGUUGCAUCUAAGUGUUUGCAAGGAAAAAUGUACAAAAAAAAAAAGCAAGGAAAAAGUACAAAAAAAAAUGCUUAUCCAAAAUAAAAGGAAUCUUGUGAUAAAACUCAA